GUUGAUCAAAAUAUCGGAUACAGCUGCAACAAGCGUGUGUUCAUAACAUGGAGCUAUAAUUUAGUGGCCUAUUUUUAGACAAAACAAGAUAAUAAUAAAGUAUAACUGAUCUAAUAAAGUGAUAAUAAAUACUGAUAGCUACCGUAGUUGUAAUGAACGGUGGAACCGCUUCAGACCAGCUAGACGAACUUGAUAUUAAAUGCAGCGGCGAAACUCAUGAGAACCUGCAGGAUUCUCCAAAUAUAUGUCGAAUAUGUGCCACCGUCACGGACCUGGUCAUUCCUAUAUUUGAAGGAGAAGGACUACAAAAUAACUUAGCAGAAAAAAUUCAUAAACAUUUACCUAUAAAGGUGUCUGUGCAGGAUGUGCUGCCCCAGGUGGUGUGCUACCAGUGCUCCAGUACUUUGCUCGCCUGGCAUGAGCUGGUGCAAUGCUGUCAACAAGCGGACCAAGCUCUCCGACAGCAGGCAGCCCAUAGGGAGAGGAAAGCAAACGAAGUAACAGGAACAUCAUCAGAUCCAAAAUGGAUCCCAUCUCCCGACCCAUACUUCUUGAAGAGGAGAGAAUUUAAAAUUGAACUCAAUGAACCGACACACAGUAAUGAUACUGAGCCAGUCACAGCUCAUCGCAGUCGUGGAUCGGAUUCCGACGAAGACGACAAACCUCUCGCUGAGUUCGCGGCCGGGAAGCCGUCAGACAUAUACAGAAACUUUUAUAGAGCGUUAACAAAGUUUCGAGAUCACUACGUUCAACAUGAAAUUAAGACAGAUCGCUGCUCAGACCUAGCCAACUCGAGCGAUUCGGAGGAGGAAAGAAACUGUGAAGACCUGGAUCCGACUCAGUACGACGACCUCUCUAACAGCAACAUGAGGAAAGACAAAAUGAACGAGGAAACGCGACUCGAGCUCAGCCAGGUGCAGACGAAAAUAAACGGGAAGACUUACUUCAUCUGCAAAAUCUGUGACAAGAAGCUGAGCUCGUCACACACUUAUAUUUUCCACAAGAGAAUACACACGGGGGAGCGACCGUGCAUCUGUCACGUGUGCGGUAAACAGUUCCGCGCGCCCAACGGACUCCAGCGACAUCUCACCGAGACGCACGAACGACUGCGCCGGUACACAUGCCAGAUUUGCCACAAAUCCUUCGCGAACUCGCAAAACCUCAAACAACACAUGAGAAUACACACGGGUGAGAGACCUUUCGUGUGCUCCCACUGCGGUAAGCGAUUCACACAGAGUGGCUCGCUACAUGUGCACCUCAAGACCCACAGUGCCACGCUCCCGCACGCUUGCCGGGACUGCGGCGCGAAGUUUCGUAUGCGCUCCGGACUGACGCGGCACCGCCUCAAACACACCGGAGAGAGGCCGCACGUCUGCCGGCAUUGCGGAAAAGGAUUCAGACAGAAACAUGAAAUGAAUGCGCACGCGCUCACGCACUCGGACAGCAAGCCGCACGUGUGCACCGUCUGCGGAACCGCCUUCCGCCAACGACGAGCGCUCCGCCAUCACUGCAAACGACUACAUGACAGCAAGCCCGCGGAAGACGCGCACGGCUACAACAACGCGAUCAAUUACAUUCUGACAUUGAACUCCGUUUAGACUUGAGGUACAAAAUUACACGAGGAAUUGCUUUACAGAGGAGCGACGUGGGCACCUAAACGACGGGUCGGAAUAGAACACACGCCCGCCUCCACGGAAGAAGGGGUGAGGCUCUGCGACGUGGUAAUCGAUCCACCGGAAGACAGCAGGGAGCUGCCGAA